AUGCAACAACAUCUUCGUACACUAAAGCGCCUCGGACAACCCACCGACAGCUGGGGCACAAUACUUAUACAUUUGUUCAUACCAAAACUUGAUAGCAUUACCAGGAGGGAGUGGGAGUCCGAAAGAGCAGACAAGUCAGAGCUUCCCAGCAUGGAGGACUUCACUAAAUUUUUAGAGACAAGAUGCUCUUUCCUGGAUGCCUUGUCUCGCACUGGUACACUUAGUAUCUCCAAAGCGGCACAGGGUCAAUCGAAGCAGCAGUCAACUAAGUCAGCUAAUCAAAUACAAGCUCAUAUCAGCACUGAAAAUUCAGCAUGUCCCAUUUGUCAAAACACUCAUAAAAUUUAUGAGUGUCUCAUAUUUCGCAACAUGUCCAUUCAAGCUCGCAUCGAGAAAGUUAAAAGCUGCAAAUUAUGUUACAACUGCCUGAAACAAUUCCACGGCAAGGGAUGUACGUAUGGAUCAUGCAAAAAAUGUCAAAAAAGGCAUAACACACUGCUUCACAUUGAUGGAACUGCUGCUUCGAAUGCCCCCUCAAGCGGCAAAGAUAAUACCAAACAAGACGCGCUUGCUUCCUCAGCGGAGGAACCGAAAAAUACAAACGCAUCUAAUAACAAUGUUUCAAAUGUCAGUAAUAGUUUAUCCUCUUGUCACACGAAUGGUUCCUUAUCACACAUUUUACUGUCAACGGCCAUAAUUUAUGUUUGCGAUCAAGCCGGAAAUUUGCACGAGUGCAGGGCUUUGUUAGAUUCCGGAUCGCAGGCAAAUUUCCUAUCGCAAGAGCUAUGCGAGCGCUUGAAGCUGCCUCGACGUAGCGCAGACACCAUCAUAAGUGGCAUCAGCAUGACUUCAUCCACGGCGGAAAGGCAAACAACUACUACCAUUCAUUCAAGAUUCAACAAAUUUCAAGCAAAAUUAUCGUUCCUGAUUGUCAACAAGAUUACCAACAAUCUACCAGCAACAAACGUGGACGUGGAUUCACUGCAAAUCCCAUCGAACAUUAAGUUGGCAGACCCCACUUUCCAUAUGCCCGGCAGGAUAGACCUGUUGCUGGGCGCCGAAAUAUUUUGGAGAUUCCCACACAGCAAAACAA